GUGGGGCAGGUCAAUCCCACGGUUAAGCUUUACGUCGUCAGCUUGGAUGGGGGAUCCCAGACAACUGAACUGCGACCUCCCAACAGCUUUGAAAAAAGGUAUCAAUCAAACAAACUUGUUCAGUGAAGAGACCAGCAUGUUCAAUAAAAAAAGACAAUGAUCGCAACGUCGUUCGUUAGGCCCCAGUUGGCUGCAUAUAAUUUUGUUCCAAUGGCCCUUUGUCCACUAUAGUGACUACUACAUUACCAUGGUGAAAUGGGUCACAGAGGAGAAGAUCUGUGUGCGCUGGUUGAACCGAGCCCAGAACACCUCCGUCCUGUCGCUAUGUGAGGUCACUAUGGGGGCAUGUGUAAAGGUGAGCAUCGUACACGUUACCGUCUUUGCACUGUGAGAGGUCCGAUGGGUUGUUCAUGUCUACAGUUAAAGGUUUGAACAGCAGACACACAUACCCUGCACUAACCUCUCUCUGUUUCCUCCUCAGAAACAUGUGAUUACAUCAGAGAAGUGGCUUGAUCGUCAGGUAAGCAUGCAUAGGGUUUAUCGCUAUUGUUAUUACACAUGUAUUACACAAGUUCAUUCAAGAUUUUCUUUAGCUACAUAUUGUGCAAUACUUUUCACUGGGUAAGGGAUACAAAGGAAAUACCUUACAAAACCAGAAAAUGUAAGACACUCAUUUUUCUUACAGAAUGAAGAGCCAGUGUUUUCCAAGGAUGGGAAUACCUUCUUCCUGACCAUGCCAAUAAAACAUGGCGGACGAGGGUCAUUCCACCAUAUCGCCAUGAUAUCUGACCAGGUAGGAUGCUCAGCUGUUAUAGUUGUGGUAAAUAAAUUCUCAAUUAGGUUAUUCACUCUCUGUUGUCCCCCAUGAUGAAAUCGGGGAGGGGACUGUGGAUCUGUCUCUGUCCGUUAGUACUUUAGUAUGUUAGUCACACGAUAUCUCAGACAGCACUGGCUUGAUUUUGAAGAAACUUGUGUGUGUGAAUAAUGCGUGUUGCCAUAGAGAUCCGGCAUUUACAAAAUGACAUUGAUUGGCCAGAUGGUGGCGCUAUAACAAAAUAUUGAAAAUGCAAACUUUGAAAGGUCACGCCCCUCACACCAUUUGACCUAAAGUCAUGAAAUUCGGUACAUAGGUCCCUCUCCUCACAAGUAACAUAUUUGCCUAAACAUUAUACUGAUUGACCCAAGGGGGGCGCUGCAUCAUUCGUGGGGGACGACAUGUUUACUGUUGCCUGGUUUUGUUAUGCAAUCAAAGAUGGGUUAUGCAAGGUUAUGUUGCGUCUAGAAUGUAGCUGCAGGUGAUCUAUUGUGUGUUUGUUUUGUCUCUCGUACCUGCCCAGUUCAAUGGUGUUGAGGUCAACAUGCGCCACCUGACCUCUGGCAGCUGGGAGGUGUCUCAGAUCCUGGAGUAUGAUGAGGGAGCAGACACAGUGUACGUGACUGAUACUCAGACCAUACUCUGACACAGGAUUGCAAAAUUCUGGUAACUUUCCCUAAAUCCCAGGUUUUCCCAAAAUCCCGAUGGAAGAUUCACAGAAUCAGGAGGGAAUAGGCAGAAAAUCCAGAAUCCUCCAACUAGGAUUAUUGGAAAACCUGGGAGUUUUGGGAAAGUUACCGGCAUUUUGCAAUCCUACUCUGACAUAAUAUGCCUUCGAUGUAGGGCUGGAUUCAGUUGCAAAAUAAUGUUCAGGAAAGUCAUACCGACUGAACAUGGAUCAUAACAAAAUAUUUUGUUCUGUCUUUCUAUAGUUAUUUCCUUAGCACAGAAGAUGGUUCAAUACAAAGACAACUGUACAGGUACUGUUUACAUGCAUUUAAUUAGAAAGUAUAGUAAUUGCCAAUAUGCAGAUGUUAGACGUCCAACAGAUAUUAACUCUGGUCCAGACAUUUGCAUUCAGAAAGUAUUCAGACCCCUUGAUCUUUUUUCACAUUUUGAUAUGUUACAGCCUUAUUUUAAAAUUGAUUAAAUACAUUUAUUUCCUCAUCCUUCUACACACAAUACCCCAUAAUGACAAAGUGAAAACAGGUUUAAUUUGUUUUUAUACAACAGAAAUACCUUAUACAGUACCAGCCAAAAGUUUGGACACACCUACUCAUUCAAGGGUUUUUCUUUAUUUUUACUAUUUUCUACAUUGUACAAUAAUAGUGAAGACAUCAAAACUAUGAAAUAACACAUAUGGAAUCUUGUAGUAACCAAAAAAAGUGUUAAACAAAUCAAAAUAUAUUUUAUACAAUGUAGAAAAUAGUAAAAAUAAAGAAAAACCCUGGAAUGAGUAGGUGUGUCCAAACUUUUGACUGGUACUGUAAGUAUUCAGACCCUUUGCUAUUGAGCUGAGGUGCAUCCCAUUUCCAUUGAUCAUCCUUGAGAUGUUUCAACAACUUGAUUGGAGUCCACCUGUGGUAAAUUCAAUUGAUUGGACAUGAUUUGGAAAGGCACACACCUGUCUGUAUCAGGUCCCACAGUUGACAGUGCAUGUCAGAGCAAAAACCAAGCCAUGACGUCGAAGGAAUUGUCUGUAGAGCUCCGAGACAGGACUGUGUCGCGGCACAGAUCUGGGGACGGGUACCAAAAAAGUUAUGCAGCAUUGAAGGUCCCCAAGAACAUAGUGGCCCCCAUCAUUCUUAAAUGGAAGAAGUUUGGAACGACCAAGAAUCGUCCUAGAGCUGGCCGCCCGGCCAAACUGAGCAAUCGGGGGAGAAGGGCCUUGGUCAGGGAGGUGACCAAGAACCCAAUGGUCGCUCUGACAGAACUCCAGAGUUCCUCUGUGGAGAUGGGAGAACCUUCUGCAGCACUCCACCAAUCAGGCCUUUAUGGUAGAGUGGCCAGACGGAAGCCACUACUCAGUAAAAGGCACAUGACAGUCCGCUUGGAGUUUGCCAAAAGGCACCUAAAGGACUCUCAGACCAUGAGAAACAAGAUUCUCUGGUCUGAUGAAAGAUUGAACUCUUUGGCCUGAAUGCCAAGCGUCACUUCUGUAGGAAACCUGCCACCAAAAUGAUUUAAUCCAUUUUAGAAUAAGGCUGUAACGUAACAAAAUAGGGAAAGAGUCAAGGGGUCUGAAUACUUUCCGAAUGCAUUGUGUAUGGUAGGGACCAAGCACUCAAGUGAAUAUGACUCUGACCUCUUAUCGUAUAGUAUGUUCUCUGCUUCUUUCAAUCAGGGUGUCGGUGGUAGACCCAUUUCAACGUGAAUGCCUGACCUGCUCCCUUUUCAAACCACAAUGCUCCUACUACGAUGCAGUCUUCAGCCCAGACUAUCAGUAUGUCCUGCUGAACUGUAGAGGUAAUUGUUCAAUAAAGAUAAUCAGUUCAAUCUGAGUUGGAUAUAUGCCACCUGUAAUUUUACAGUGUGUUAUAUAACAUUUUCAAUUGAAUGUACAGAAUUUAAAUUACAAUAAUAAUUAGCAGACAUUCAUUGACAUUUAAAAAUGUUUUCAUUAAAUGCUCAACAAAUGAUUAGAAAUACUUACAAGAACAAAAUGUAUUAUACUUGGUCUCCUUUCUGCAGGUCCUGGAAUACCAAGAACCACCCUUUACAAACUGAAUGACAUGAGCAGUAAGUACAAGAGCACCAACAAUUCAAACAAUGACGACCAUGGCAUUGUGUGUAUACUGCUUGCUUGUGUAAGAAAGGAAGAACAGUGGGAUGAGGGGAAGAAAGGACCAUUUCUAGCAGGUCAAGGUUGUUAUACUUUUUUCAGGGAGGUACAGCUGGAAGUACACUUGGUUCUAUACUAUCUACUACAGUAUCCUCGUCUGCAUCCCAAAUUGCAGCCUAUUCCCUAUGCAGUGCACUACUUUUGACCAAUGGAACCUGGUCAAAAGUACUGCACUAAAUAGGAAAUACAAUGUCAUUUGGAAUGCAGCCUCUUCCUCCUCUGCAGGCACAGUGCGUGAGUGAUGUUGAUUAAUUCACUCAUUAAAGUUGCAUCAUUAUAUCCUCCAUGGGCCCACAACAAAUGUAUAUCGCUGAAUCAGUUUCCUAGCAAUUUGAUCCUCAUUUAGAUGGAUGUGGAAGUGGUACAAUAUUUAAAUGCAACCUGGGUAUCCUAAAGCAUGUGUGCGCAUUGGGUGAGUGGGAUGUGUUUGGAAAAUGUGUAUGAACAGAUAUGGUAAUGUGAUUAAAUUAAAGGAAUCAUGUCUAUUGAAUCAGUUCCACCGUAUGAUUUGAUUAUGCUGGUCGUUUCAAUAAAAUGGGUUUAAUUUUCAACAUUGGAUUUGUCUAUUUUAGGAUAUUAUGGCAGACAAUGUGCCUUUAGCAAGUAUUCAUACCCCUUGAUUCCACAUUUUGUUGGGUUAAAGCCUGAAUUCAAAAUUGAUUAAGUAAAUUGUUUUCUUCACCCAUCUACACACAAUACUUCAUAAUGACAAAGUAAAAACCUGUUUUUAGAAAUGUUGGCAAAUGUAUUGAAAAUGAAAUACAAAAAUAUUCAUUUACAUAAGUAUUCACGCCCCUGAGUCAACACAUGUUAGAAUCACCUUUGGCAGCAAUUACAGCUGUGUCUUUCUGGUUAAGUCUCUAAGAGCUUUGCACACCUGGAUUGUACAAUAUUUGUACAUUAUUAUUUUUUAAAUUCUUCAAGCUCUGUCAAGUUGGUUGUUGAUCAUUGCUAGACAGCCAUUUUCAAGUUAAUUUUUAAUUUUAAUUUAAUUUUUUAAUUUUAAUUUUUAAAUUUUGUAAAAAAAAAUUGUCAUUUAGCAGACGCUCUUAUCCAGAGUGACUUACAGGAGCAAUUAGGGUUAAGUGCCUUGCUCAAGGGCACAUCAACAGAUUUUUUACCUAGUCGGCUCGGGGAUUAGAACCAGCGACCUUUCGGUUACUGGCAAAACGCUCUUACCCACUAAGCUACCUGCCGCCCAAGUGUUGCCAUAGAUUUUCAAGCUGAUUUAAGUCAAAACUCUUACUAGGCCACUCAGGAACAUUCAACGUCGACUUGGUAAGCAACUCCAGUGUAUAUUUGACCUUGUGUUUUAGUUUAUUGUCCUGCUGAAAGGUGAAUUUGUCUCCCAGUGUCUGUUGGAAAGCAGACUGAACCAGGUUUUUCUCUAGGAUUUUACAAGUGCUUAGCUCUAUUCUGUUUCUUUUCAUCCCCCAAAAAACUCCCUAGUCCUUGCCGAUGACAAGCAUACCCAUAACAUGAUGCAGCCACCACCAUGCUUGAAAAUAUGAAGAGUGGUACUCAGUGAUGUGUUGUGUUGGAUUUUCCCCAAACAUAACGCUUUGUAUUCAGGAAAUUUUUUGCAGUUUUACUUUAGUGCCUUUUUACAAACAGGAUGCAUGUUUUGGAAUAUUUGUAUUCUGUAGAGCUUCCUUCUUUUCACUCUGUCAUUUAGGUUGGUAUUGUGGAGUAACUACAAUGUAGUUGAUCAAUCUUUAGUUUUCUCCUAUCACAGCCAUUCAACUCUGUAACUGUUUUAAAGUCACCAUUGGCCUCAUGGUGAAAUCCCUGAGCAGUUCCCUUCCUCUCCUGCAACUGAGUUUGGAAGGAUGUCCGUAUCUUUGUAGUGACUGGGUAUAUUGAUACACCAUCCAAAGUGUAAUUAAUAACCAGGGCGCGAGAUGGUUGGAGUCGUCAACAAAGCAGCAUGACAAAAAAUCUUUGAGAAGAUAUACUGUAUAAAGCCAUCUGUGCAUUUGAAAAACAGCAUAAAUACACCUAUUUCACUUUUGUAUGUCAAACUUCAAAAGGCACUCGCACAUCUGAGCUAUCUUUGAUGGAAGUGCAUGGUAACAGUUCAAUAAGAUGAGAAAAAAAAAAGAAACCCGCACACUGCUCUUGAUAGUAUCACUGCUCUUUAAUAAGCUUUAGGUAUCGGCCUCAAGGCCUUCGCCAGAGCUUUUUGCACGUCAAAAACCGAAUAACCACUGCUGCACAUGCUGCCACUGUUUUGAACAGAUUAGAUUAUGCUAUUUAGAAAGCGCAGCCAGCUCACGAACUAACGAGUGCACCAGGGAGAACGCAACAAGAAUACAGAUGCAAUAAGUGAAAACAAAUUAUCUAGCUGGGGAUAGCUAGCUAACAUAAUGUCACGAAGCAUGAUGAGCUAGCCAGUUAACAGUCAUUGUGAAAUAAGUUAGUCAGAUAUGAGUUUAGAAAGACUUGAAAUUGGCAUGGGAGCUAACUAGCUAACAAGCUACCAGCUACUGGUUAAUUUGACGCCCAAAAACCAAACUGUUUCUCAAAAUUACUGUAGCUGAAUGAUUAAUUUGAUCAGCUUUGUUUUACACCCAGUUUUAUGCUGUGUUAGUCCACACAACAUGUCACCCUGUCACCUACAUUAGAACCUGAUAAACAACAUCAGGGGGAAACAAUACAAUUGGGCAUGCUUUUUUGUCCUACCAGAUCUGCGAUGAGAAGGUUCUAGGUAGUGUAUCCCUCUGUCCUUUAACUCUUGUUGGAUGUAGUUUUCUGGUUUAUCAGGUCCCAGGCUCCUAUGACUUUUAUGAUUAUUUAUUUACAAUUUGCUUUAACCCUAUCUGUACCUGAUAUUGUAGUCUCACGUGCGUAUGUAAGCCUUUUGGUGCGAGACACUCAUUGGGAGGAGGAGACUAGAGCAGACCCAGAAGUUCUGACUGAACCAAUGCACAUUUGAACCCCCCAGAAUGGUCCAUUUACUUUGUGCUGUUUUAUAAUUUAUGCUAUGAAAUCCUGCGAUUUCAUUGGGGCUGUGCCCCCUCAUAGCAAAUAGCUCGCAACACAAUCCAAGCAAUGUUCUCACGACCUGUGCACCCAUGGAGGCGGAGCAGGUGCUGCUGGCAGUCACUGAGGGACAGAGUAGUAAGUAACUGAACAGCUUGUUUUGUACUAUAUAUUUUUGAAACAGGAAAAUACACAUUUUUAUUUUUACCCAUUUACCAAUAGGUGGCAUUCUUUGCGAGGCACUGAAAAACCUCCCUGGUCUUUGUGGUUGAAUCUGUGUUUGAAAUUCACUGCUUGACUGAGGGACCUUACAGAUAUUUGUAUGUGUGAGGUACAUAGAUGAGGUAGUCAUUCAAAAAUCAUGUUAAACACUAUUAUUGUAGACAGAUGUAAGUCCAUGCAACUUAUAAUGUGACUUGUUAAGCAGAUUUUUAAGCAAAACUUAUUUAGGCUUGCCAUAACAAAGGGGUUGAAUAGUCAAUACAUUUCAGCUUUUCAUUUUUUAUUAAUUUGUAACAUUUAUAAAAACAUAAUUCCACUUUGAAAUUAUGGGGUAUUGUGUGUAGGCUAGUGACACAAAAUCUCAAUAGAAUCCAUUAUAAAUUCAGGCUGUAACACACCAAAAUGUUGAAAUAGUCAAGGGGUGUGAAUACUUUCUGAAGGCACUGUAAAUGCAAAUACAUGUAAUAACCUUAUAUGCAAUUAGGAGUCUAUGCAGAUAUUAAAACAUAAUGCUUUACCAUGACAGAUUUAAGAGAGAUUAUGUGUCUGGCUAAUCCAAUUAUUUAUUUUUCCAUCACUGUAUAUAGAGAAUGAAACUUUGGAGAAGAACACUGCACUAAGAGAUGCACUGCUAUAUAGAAAUAUACCAAGGAGAGAUAUCAGGACCCUACAAAUCAACAACUUUGGUAUGACAAUCCAAUCUUUCUCAUGAUCAUUCUAUCAUCGUGACCAUCAUCUUCAUUAUCAUCUUUGGGCAUUAUAAUCAUAGUUGUUAUCAUCAUUGUCAUAGUCAUCAUCAGCAUCAUCAUGAAUCAUCAUCCUUAUCCCUCAUGUGGUUCAUUCAUGGAAUAAUAGCACAGUUAUAGGUAACAUAUUUCAGCUGUUGACCUGCUACAUGCAGACGAUUCGACAGGCAGACUUUUUAGAUGUAGUGUGAGCCAUGGAGCUUGUAGUGCCGGAGUACAUAAUAAACAGAUACCUGGGAUAAACACAAUUAAAAGAACAGGUGCACAGCUUUGUGAAGUGAUUAUGAAUCAGCUCUGGAAUGAGAAGCCUGCCAAUCUACUGAUCCAAUUAGAUGGGAAGGCUCGCCAUAUGGGUUCUUCACUCUGAACCGUGUGUGCAAUUAGACACACUGUGCUACAUUUCAUUAAGGUUUCUGAAUUAAGACUGCACCUCAAUUUCUAGCUCCAUUUCAAGGAUUGCCUUUUGUCCAUGUUUUUUCACCCUUUUUCCUCUUUCAUGUCUUGAUUUGUAUGUAUGCUGCCAUACAUGUACAUUUGUCUGCAAUGUAAUCAGUUGCUAGGUAAUUUGUUGAGCGAUGUAACCUGUAAUUUGUCAAAUCAUAAUUCCAUGCAAUCGAACAGGUUAACGUAUGAAGAUUCUCUCAAGAUUCUCAUUGUAGAAAUAAACAUAAUAUGUUAAGGUACUGCAUUUGGAAGCCUGAUUGGUACUUACUAUAAUCAAUGUGCAUUUGAGGUGUAAGGGAAUUCUGAUUUAUUUUAUAGCACUACGUCUUGAGCUGACCUUGCCAAUAGAUUUUGAUGAGGCCACAGCGCAUCCACUUCUGCUGAUCCUGUACGUAUCCUACCCUUCACCAAUCCUGCAUCCUUAUCUUGGAUAUGUGUAUUCCAACGAGCACUGAACACACUAGAAGUCACUGAUAUUGAACCUUGUUGGUAAGUUCAAUUUGACCAACUUUGAUUGUGUUCCACAGUGACAGUGCCCCCUGUGGCCAGGCGGUGAGUGAACAGUUUGUUCUGGACUGGGACUCGGUUCUGGUCAGCUCGGAUAACGUCAUCGUGGCUCGCCUGGACGGCAGUGGGAGUGGGUUCCUGGGCCAGAGGGUCCUACAUGAAGUCCACCAGCGUUUGGGAACUGUGGAGGUGCAGGACCAGAUCGCAGCAGUAGAGUAUGUACUGGAGCAUGAUCUGAACAUGAUCUGAAAGCUCUCGCAUGGAUACUGUUGAAAUAAAUUGUUGAUUCGAUGCAUUUCAGAAAUGGUAGACUUUAAUACCCUCCUGUAUUUUAUUAGUUACCUGACCAAGCUGCCAUAUGUGGAUAAUAACAAGGUUGCUGUUUAUGGAAAGGUAAGGAAGUUUAAUUUGGUAAAUUUAAUGAUAUGGUAUAGUUUGCUAUAACCCCUUUUUGUAUUCUUACUUACAGUACAUGGGUUUUUACCUAUAUCCACAUUGCAUGUCCAACAUUUUUGGGGGGUGUUUCCCCAGGCUUAUGGGGGCUUCCUGAGCUCUCUUCUACUCCUCUCCUCUGGCUCCAUGUUCAGAUGUGGGGUUGCAGUUGCUCCCGUGACAGACUGGAGACUCUACGGUAAUUUCCCAGUCUAAGAUACAUCUUUUCAGCAGCUAUUCAUUUAAUACAGUUUGUCAAGUCAUGUCCAAUAUCUCUUAGGAGUUAUGCUGAUGACCACAAUACAUCAGGCUUUGUCAAAUAUGGCAGGUGGUGCGGCACUCAUCCAUUUACUUGAAAUGUAGGGCCCCGUACAAUAAUAAUAUAAUAAUAUAAUAUGCCAUUUAGCAGACGCUUUUAUCCAAAGCGACUUACAGUCAUGCGUGCAUACAAUAAGGCUGAUGGUGGUUGUUUUCUAUACCAGGGGUUCCCAAAGUUUGUAUAGUACCGUACCCCUUCAAACAUGCAACCUCCAGCUGCGUACCCCCUCUAGCACCAGGGUCAGCGCACUCUCAAAUGUAGUUUUUUGCCGUCAUUGUAAGCCUGCCACACACACACUAUUCGAUACAUUUAUUAAACAUAACAAUGAGUGUGAGUCCCAAUAUAAGUGAACCCCAAAUCAAUGUAGUUCUCAUAUUUGCGCCUCUUCGAUGGUCCAACGUCCCGGUCUGUUGUUCGGUGCUUUCCCGGGUAAGGGGGCAGUAGCUCUUUGGCUGCAUCAGAUUCACAACUGUCAGUGUCCAUGCUAGCUGGGCUAGCAACAAAUGUAGAAUUACUGAUGCUAGCAUUGGAUGUGCUCGUGGAAGCAGAACAACUUGUGUCGUCGACAGGUGCAGGUGUAGUACUGCUGGUAGUAGCAGUACUACCAGUAGAGCUGGUAUAUGUCUCUAUGGACGCGGGCCUUACUUUUGAAUGAGCAGCAGCUACGUUUGGCUACAUAUGGACCGUUAGUGGAAUUCACACGAGAGAGUAACAGUUAAUGUGAUUGGAUGUUAAUUAUAUGACUGGGCUACCUGUAUUUGACAUUGUGUUGUUAUUUCGCUGAACACUAGAUGGUUAAAUUCUAUUUUUGGACUGUAUUAAUAGUGGACUAAUGAAGGACAUACCAAAAUAUAUUUUUCUAGUGGAUUUUUCCAUUAAGAUGUUCACACACUUAACUAUGUUGUUUUGUGUAUUUUUCUAAAGGUUCGGCCUUCACUGAGCGAUACUUUGGGUUUCCGGUCCAGGAUGAUCGUAAAUACCAGGUAUGAUUGACUUUCCAAGUUUUUUUUUUUUUAUAUUGAGAGGUGGUCAAGGUGGAAGCACUUUGAAUAUUCUACAUUUAAUCUUAUCAUUAGCAAUUCAUCCAAUAAACACAUGUUACAGUGCAAUAGCAUCAUAACUGUUGAUUCUUCUCUAAUGGCAAGCCUCUGGUAGUGGCAAGCCUCUGUUAAAUCACACCAAGCUGUGCUUGAAUGCAUUUCUCUGCAAAAUCUUGGAGAAAACUAGUUGGUAUUUACAGUAUGUUUUCAGUAUCUCUCACUGAUAUAAAAUUGUCAUUGUGUCUCGAACAGCUCUCCAGUCUGCUUCCCAACAUCACAGGCACAGGUCAUCAGAAGUUUCUCAUCAUCCAUGGAACAGCCGAUGGUGAAUUCUAGUUUUCUCUAGUUGCUACUCUGGGCAGUGAUUGCACACUAUUGUUGGACUUAAAUGUGAAGCUUUUUUUGUAGGUUUAAUGAAAAAGAUAGGAGACAUGCCGUUAUCUAAUUAGUGUUUUAUCUGUCAGUCAGACAGUGUUUAGGUCAAACAAUGGGCUUAUUCAUGUGUUCAGUUGAUUAACUGAUUGUUAGCCUUAAGUGGUGAUUAAAAGUAUCAUACUGUUGUUAAUGAAAUUAAUAAGUUAUGAUUGACAGGCACUCACAAAAUAGAACUGAGCAGAACAUGUUAUAAUUGCAUACCAGGUACUUGUGCACAUGCUAGAUUUUAAGUCUGUGCACAUUUAUACCUGAAACACAGUGCAUUUUAUAUUUAGAACUUAUCUUAUGAGAAGAAUCAUGGCUUCUGUUGUACAUCAUGCUAUAGCUUUAUCUACUGUAUCAGAUCUAUUUCAUCUCUGAAUAGCUUAGUGACUAUGACAAUGGAUAUUGCUUUUUGUCUGCAUUGCUGCAGUCUCAACCAUGUAGUAUUACAUUUAAUUAUGCGACAUUGCCUACAAUGUUAGUCAUUUUUGGAUGAAAAUGCCUGUCGAGCAAGGACACCAACGUUUCACUUAUCAUUAUCUCUCUUUCAGCCACCGUUCAUUUCCAGCAUUCCGCGGAGCUGGUGAAACUGCUGUCAAUAUCAAACGUUAACUACAGUCUGCAGGUGACCAGUUACAUUCUCCCUUCCUGUGCCAAGUGCCAUUUAAUGUCCCUGACAAAGGAGUCCUCAGUGAAGCAUGUAUAAUUCAAGCUGACCUUCCCCCUCUGCAUUGAAUCAUUUAUUAUUUAAAGUUUGACAAAGUGAAAAUGGUUACCUGCUGCGUGGUGCCAAACCUGCCCUGAAGAAAAUCUGUCUGAUAUUUAAAAAAGGCCCCAUCUUUGAAAAGUAAGUGGGAGAGGAGGGAGAGGGAGAAUUCAAGAAAGUAAUAGUGGAGUGAUAAUGGUAAGGGGGAGAACUAAAGUAAAGGUAGACUCAGCUAAAUUACAUUGCCACGAGCAGCAUUGCAGAUGUUGCGAUGAGCCAGAUGCAAGACUUCGCUCUCACACACAGUAUCUGUGCAGGAGUUGGCUUCUUAAAAUGUGGUAGCUACGGGACCAAAACAGUAGAGAAGUUAAGGCUCGCUCUUCACCGUUCUUAGUUGUUGCGGAAAUUGACCCACUAUGCUGUUUACUUUGUGCAUCUACGUCAUAUCGCUGAGUCUACCUUUAAGUGUAAAAUGAAGUGUAAUUAAUAACAGUAGUCCUGCAUGUGUGUUGUCACAUUGAUAAUCACUUCACAUUGUUAACACUUCUUUUUAUCUAAGUCGUAAUAACAGUAAAUGUAAAACUGCUCUGCUGUAGAAUUCAAUAUAAUGAUAAUGAACAACUACUUAUUUCUCUGUUUCCUAGAUCUUCCCAGACGAAGGCCACAACAUUGACUCUGUGAAGAGCCAACGCUACUUGUUGAACUCUGUCAUGAACUUCUUCAAGGAAUGCUUCCUAGUGGAAAUCCCUGUAGCUCAUCCUGUGUCUGAGGAUGACUAG